GCAGCCUUCCCAGGCAGCGCUCCCAGCUCGGGGCAGAGCAGGUGGAGCGAUGGAAGCCUCGGCAGCCUCUCGCCCGGCCGAGGAGAUGGAGUGGCUGAGGCAGCGCUGCUCGCUGCUGCCCGCUGCCCAGGGCUGUCCCCGCACGGGCCGGGGCACCCUGCUGCUGGUGGUGACUCUGUCUUUGCUGAUGUACCCGGUGCUGAGGAGCCUCGCUCUUCAGCUGCACUCUGCCAUCACUGGCAGCUACAUCUCUGGGACUUACUCCAUUGCCUUCAUCAACUGCGUCAACGAGCAGAUUGCCAAGGAUAUUGCAAGGGCCAUCAUGGAUAAGAAGCUGGCUGCCUACGUGAACAUCCUGCCGAAGAGCUCGGCCUUGUAUUUCUGGGAAGGGGAACUGGAAGAAUCCACUGAAAUACUGCUGUUAGUGAAAACACGGACAUCAAAAAUAGGCGAAUUGUCCAACUAUGUCAGAUCCAUCCAUCCCUUUGAAAUUCCUGAAACCAUCAGCCUGCCUAUUGACCAAGGAAACCCUCUCUACCUCAAAUGGCUGGAGGAAAGUGUCCCAUGGGACUAACUGAGAAGUGCAGAAAGCACCAGGUAAAAUGUGCUGAGCCCUGCUGGUCUCCCUGUGCAGGCUGACACAAGGAAGCAGCUUCUGUCUUCACAGGUUUGCUCUAACACAGAAACUUAGGAUUGGGAAAUUCAUUUGCACUUGAAACAUCCCCUCCUUGGCCUGACCCUGUGCUCCAGGAUGCACGAAGCAGCCCAGAGGCAGCAGGAUGUGGCCAGGCACCCUACAAUGCGCCAGCCCACACCCUCUCCUGCUGUCAUGCAACAUGCUGGUUCAAGUCCUACAGAAUCCAAGGAAACAGCAAACUUGAGCAGAUGCUGCAAGGAUUUACCAGGAGCUGCAAGCAGCACACACACUGACGCUACCUGCCGAGCUGGGCUGAGCUGAGCAACAUCCACGGCCAGUUCAGGGACACACAGUGCAGCAGGACCAGGGCAUCAUCCAGCCCUGCAUCCCUUACCCACACCUGAACAGUGGUUUUCUACCCAGGCCACAUUUAACCUUGCAAGAAGAUGCUCACAUUAAUAAUUUAAUGGGAUGUAACUUAUGGAACAGUAUCAAGUUAUUUAUAUGACUGGGAAGGGAAUAAACAGGAGUGUUUCUUACCUGGGCA